CUCGGCUCGGCUCGGCGGGAGACAUGCACGCCACGCUGCUCGGCAUCCUGGGGCUGGCCCUCCCUGGGGCACUGCACGCGCAGGACAGCAUACCCGUGCAAACCGACUUCCAGCAGGACAAGCUCACGGGGAGAUGGUACAGCAUCGGCCUGGCCUCCAACUCCAACUGGUUCAAAGACAAGAAGCACCUGAUGAAGAUGUGCACCACGGUCAUCUCUGCCACCACAGAUGGGAACCUGGAAGUCACCUCCACCUACCCCAAGGGUGACCAGUGCGAGAAGAGGAACAGCCUUUACACCAAGACAGAGACUGGGCGUUCCAGCUACGCCAGCCCACGCUGGGGCAGCAAGCAUGACAUCCGCGUGGUGGAGACCAACUAUGAGGAGUAUGCCUUGGUCGCCACCCAGAUCUCCAAGAGCACUGGCUCCUCCACCAUGGUGCUGCUCUACAGCCGGACGAAGGAGCUGAGUCCCGAGCGCCUGGAGAGGUUCACCCAGUUCUCCAGGGAGCAGGGCCUGACGGAUGAAGAGAUCCUCAUCCUGCCCCAGACAGACAAAUGCAUGGCAGAUGCUGCCUAG